AUGUACCAAGCGCUGCCUAGAAAACUCUCGUCAAUCCCUCGGAUGCAGAUCAAAAGUCACUGCAAUGAUAGAACCUUCCCUGAUUUCCUCAAACAGAGGUUUUGCUGGGACCCCAGGUUCCAACAGCACAUCCACAUCUCUGGGUGCUCGAGUGACAUCUGUGACUCAGAGUUUGAAAUCCCCACUCCCCGGUGUAACCAGUUUACAGCAAACAAAAAGGGUACAGAUUACUUGGACAGUGUCUUUGAGAAAAAGGACAAGAAUGAAGAUAAGAAGAUUCACUUUUCUGAAUUUCUUUCCUUGCUAGGGGACACAGUUACAGAAUGCCACAAACAGAGCCAUGGAGCAGAGCAAUGUUCCAAGGGAAGGUCAUGGAGGAACCUGCUCUCUACUCUCAUGCUGAAAAUACAUCCUGGACAAAAGCUGGUGCCUUUCCCCAAGGGCCAGCGGGAGAGCUUUCUGUGGGUCAUGGUCAUGGAUGGGAAGAAGCAGCGGGGUCUUGAGCACUAUAUCCCUGUGGUGCUGAUCCCUGAAAGUCAAGUUGGGACACUAGUUGCGAUGUUUCACCAAUACAGGGGAGAUGAUGGUACGAUUGACAUGCCAGGUCUGGUGAACUUGAUGAAGGAGAAUUUCUCCAACUUCCUCCGUGGCUGUGAAAAAAGCGACACAGAUUACUUGUCCACUGCCUUAGAAAAGAAGGACAGCAAUCAUGAUGAGAAGAUCAGUUUUUCUGAGUUUCUCUCCAGUGUUGCUGCAGUUGCUAAGGAGUUACACCAUCAGUUCCAUGACCAGAAGCCUUGUUCCGAAGGUUUCAGUUGA